AUGACCGGGUCCACCGACGUCGGUGGAUCCAUCAGAUACCUAUUGGGGAAUACCUAUGGAAAGAGCCGUAGAAAUGUUAACCGAGCAGCAGCCGAUCAAGGGUUCAGAGGAAAGAAAACCGAGCAGCAGGCCGAUCGAGGAUUUAGAAGAAAGAAGACCGAGCAGAAGCAGCGCAAACGAGUCCAUCGCGACGCCCCAAGAUGCCGCGAGGAGCCGAAGGACGUCAGCAAGGAUCAAUACGACCAGCUGAGUAAGGAUGUGCAAAUGUUCGUGUCCGACGAAGAGGUGGGUCACACUUUCGCCUAUUGGUACAAGAGGUACGGACCGGUCAUCAGGGAUUCGGUCUUGCUGGAUAGCAAGAAGCGCGAUUUGAUCCUCAUGAAGCUGGACGAGGAUGCAUAUCGCAAUGAUGCUGAUGACAUACUACCGAAACAACCGCACGAAAUCGAUUUCGAGACGACGGUCGCGAAUCUGGAGAAGCUUUUCGCGUCAAAGAAGACGCUGAUUCGACGACGGUACGAGUGUCUCAGGAUAAGCUGCCCGCCGCUGACGGCCAGUUGUGUACCAUUCCGCGACUACGCUAACAUGAUCAAGCGGAUGGACGAAGACGCUCGACUGAAGGAGCUGGACUAUACAGCACUGAAGACGCUACAGUUCGUAGCAGGACUGCAGGAUCCGUCGCUUCGUGAAGUUCGUCUGAGAAUACUCCGUCGACUGGAUACGCACACAGAAGAUGCGCCGUUGACGAUAGAAGACCUCGUUGCUGAUUGUGAGAACUUCACCGCAUUGAAGAUGGACAACACAGACAUGGAAGGAAGUCAUGAAGCACAUGUCCACUUCUCUCCUCCAGCACUGGGCAGAAGAUGCGACAAAAACCAAGAAGACGAUCCAACCGUCGCAGAAAAAGCCAGUGUAAGAACGUUGUCACCUUCGCCACUGAGAACGCUCGAACCUACCUCGAUGUCAAUAUCAGGGGACGUUCUCUACGCUUCCAGCUCGACACAGGCGUUGGUAUCACGUCGAACGUGGAAAAAGCUCGGAUCUCCACCCUUGGAACCCUGUAUCAUGCCAGUCAAAACGGCAGAUGGAUCACCGAUGAAGAUUGAUGGAAGAUUCUCCACAGACUUCUUUGUCAGAGACCGGACAACAGGGAAGAACAUCCUAAGUAAUGGAACUUGUUACGUCACCGAAUGCACAAAUCUGCUAGGACUGGAGUGGUGUAUUCAACUUCCAGCGUACAAGGAGUUGAAAGACAAAUACCACUGCCGAAUGGUGACUAAAGAAGAAGCAAACCGAGAGGAAAUCAUCGCAGACUUGAAGAAGCAAUACGCAGAAGUGUUCAAGUGCGGACUUGGCAGAUGCGUCAAGACUAAGGCGAAGUUGUUGUUGAGGGACAACGCAGUACCUGUUUUCAAGAAGAAGCGACCAGUGCCCUAUGCCUCCGUGCCGGAUUUGGAUGCUGAAAUUGAUCGGCUGGUGGCCGAACAAGUGAUAUCCCCAGUAGAGCAUUCAGAGUGGGCCACGCCUAUCGUUGUAGUCAAGAAGAAAAAUGGGCAAAUCCGCUUGGGCGGAGACUUCUCGACAGAACUGAACGAUGCGCUGCAGUUGCACCAGCACCCGUUGCCCACCGCGGAGGACGUGUUUACAAAGUUGAAUGGAGGACAACUUUUCACGCAAAUCGACUUCGCAGAAGCAUAUCUGGAGGUGGAAGUUGAAGAAGAAUCGAAGGAAAUGCUGAGGAUUAAUACGCACAGAGGACUGUACCGCUACAAUCGUCUACCCUUCGGCGUGAAGUCAGCACCUGGCGUAUUCCAGCAGAUCAUGGAUUCAAUAAUAUGUGGACUGGAAGGCGUUGCUGCCUAUCUGGAUGACGUGAUAGUCACAGGCCGCACACAACAGGAGCAUCGCCAUAACUUGGAAGCACUAUUCGGAGGGAUCCACGAAUACGGCUUCCGCGUCCUAUUGGAGAAGUGUAACUUUUUGAUGCCUCAGAUCCGUUAUCUCGGAUGCAUCAUAGAUAAGGACGGACGCCAUCCUGACCCAGUGAAGAUUGAGGUCAUCCGCCAGCUGCCAGUACCGAAGAACGUGGCAGAGGUUCGCUCGUUCCUUGGUAUGAUCAACUACUAUGGAUCGUUUGUCGCGGAGAUGCGCCAGUUACGCGCACCGCUGGAUGCUUUGUUGAAGAAGAACGUUCCGUUCAAAUGGAAUGAGGAAUGUGAAGCAGCCUUCAAUCGCGCCAAGGAAGUGCUUGCUUCAGACCUGCUCCUGACGCAUUUUGAUCCUAGUCUGGCUAUAAUUGUAGCGGCCGAUGCAUCAGACCAUGGAAUUGGAGCAGUGAUUCUGCACAUGAUGCCGGAUGGGACCGGGAAGGCAAUAUGGCAUGCAAGCCGAAGUCUCACCGCUGCAGAAAGGAACUACGGUCAGAUCGAGAAAGAGGGACUCGCCUUGAUAUUCGCUGUUAGCAAGUUCCACCGUUACAUAUAUGGACGUCGAUUCAAGCUCCUCACGGAUCAUAAGCCGUUGCUACACAUUUUCGGACCAAAGAAAGUGGUGCCCGUAUACACGGCAAAUCGACUGCAACGUUGGAAGUUGAUACUUCUCGGAUAUGACUUUGAAAUCGAAUAUCAGAAGACGACAGAGUUUGGACAAGCUGACGUCUUGUCACGCCUGAUCCCUCCAAGACCGGCUCAGACAGAAGAUAUUGUGAUAGCCAAAAUUGAACAGGAUAUUCUUGCUGUUCAGAGUGCUGCUGUGAAAGCACUGCCCGUGACCAGGAAAACUACUGAAGAAGAGUCAAGGAAGGAUGAAAGGGUAUCGCAGGUCAUAUGGAUGCUGCAGACAGGAACAUGGCCAAGCAAGCCUAAAGAACAAAUCAACAGCUGGAAGGCUCUGAGCCGCGAAUUGUCAGUGCAGAACGGAUGCCUGUAUUUUGGCCACAGAAUCGUCGUGCCAACCUCACUUCAAGAAGCAGUUUUGAAGCAACUGCAUGAAGGACAUCCACGAAUGGCAAGAAUGAAGAUGCUCGCCCGAGGAUAUGUGUACUGGACGAACAUCAACAGGGACAUCGAAGAAGCUGUACGCCACUGCCGUAACUGUCAGGAAGCUGCGAAGAUGCCAAAGAAGACAGUUCUCAAUUCUUGGACCACUGAGAAGAAACCGUGGGACAGAAUUCAUAUACUAUGCGGGACCACUGAAUGGGUGAUCGUGUCAGACAACGGUACGCAGUUUACAGCGAAGGAGUUCCAGGAAUUCUGCGACAUGCAAGGAAUUGAGCACAAGAUUAAGGAGGGAGGGACGUCGGAGAAACUUGCGGAAUUUUUGCAGUGCUAUAGAAGAACACCAUGUGCAUCAACGCCAGGACAUCUUUCUCCAGCGGAGGUGUUCCUAGGGCGCCAGUUGAGGACGUCAUUGACGCUGCUGAAGGAAUCAGCUAAAGAAGAAGGAACGCGCAAUGUGGAAAUUGAAGAACAGUUCAAUCGUCAUCAUGGAGCACAGAAGAGAUCGUACCACCAGGAAGAACUCGUGUGGGUGCGUGACUACCGCCCGGGACAUGAGAAAUGGAUCCCUGCUCGUGUGAAGAAUCGCUAUGGACGAGCCGUGUACGACGUGCUAACGGAAGAGGAUGAUUUGUGGAAAAGACACGCUAACCAGAUGCGUGGAGAAAAACAUCAGAGAGUUAGCUGCGAGAGGACUGAAGCUUCCAAGAUGCCGUUCAACCAGGAAGACCGACGGUACCAUGGUAUGGCAAGGACGAUCGUCGACAUCAACGACAAUGUCAAGGAUCGAACACCAACUAUUGUGCCGCCGGCAACGACUAGACCAGCUCGACAACGCCGACCGCCUCGUCGAUUGCAACCUGAUCCGAAGAUGAAGACGUACGGGAUGCAUUCAUCUUAG